GAAAAGCAGGCGAAUCAGCUCGAUUCGUACGCGUCGCGCUUCAAUUUCGUGUUCACAGUGAUACUCGACAUCGUGGUGUUCACCUGUCAUUUCGUCCAAACUAAUCUGCAUACGGUCCGCCGAUGCGCCACGUGCGUAAUGGGCAUAAUGGGAAUGUUCAAUUGGCUGAAAAAGGAUACCAUACAAAGAGAUCGAAACGGCUGGAAUUUAGUUCAAAAGCAGAACGGCCUCAAUAACGAAUCUUAUUAUACUGCUCUUCAAGCUUUCAUAGAUCGAAGACGAAACUCCGGCAACGUGAACAUCGAAGCACCUAGUAGUCCCGAUAAGAAAAGGGCAGACUUUUUGGCCAAAAAUAAUAACAAUAAAUCCGACAAUGAACGAAACCUACGAGAACCGAAAUCGAUCGUACCAGGUGUACCGCAUAUAUUAGCUCCUGAGAUUUUUGAAAUUGGAUGGGUAGCGGGCACGGAAGAUCGAUAUAUGGAAUUGAUUUUUGCAGAAUGGCAAAAUACACGAGUUUCAUUGAAGAGGCAUUCACAUCCGGAAUGCAAAGAUGCUGUGAAAGCGGAUUUAGAUGUGCUUUCGGAGAUUCGACAUCCUAACGUGCUAUUGUUAAUGGCCAGUACCUUCACAGACGAUCAUGGUCUAGUCUCUAUUUUCGAAUCCAUCGAUUGUACCCUUUAUCAUUAUAUGCACGAUCAGGGUGAACGAAUAUCCAUACAAAGCAUUGCAAAAUGCGGAGGAAGACUGUCCGAUGCUUUAAGACAUUCUCACAUGCGCGGAUACGUGCACAGUGCCAUCAACUCGCAUUGCGUCUAUUUGGCUUCUAAUGGUGUCGUGAAACUAGGUGGAUGGGAACUGGCCAUGCAUAUCAACAGUCCAAAACCAGAGAGAGAAUACGAGGAACGUUUAAGAAACGAGAUUUUUCACUGGCAAGCGCCAGAACUUUUUCACAGUUACGAACCAUAUAAACAGAGCGAUGUAUACGGACUGGCUUUAUUGAUUUGGGAAAUGAGUACAAUGCAUGUACCAUGGAGUGGACAUAGUAAAGCAGACGUGGAAAGACAGUACGUGCAUUGGAAACGUGGUGUUAUUAUGGAUUCAUAUGAUUUUCCACCAUUGUUGCAUAAUUUACUAGACGCUGGACUACAAUUAGAUGUUAAUAAAAGGACAUUGGAUAUGGAUAGAAUGCGUAGAUUUCUCCAGAGAUUGGAGACGCAAUACGAACGUGAACAACCAGUUUAUGUCGACCAAUACGUGAACAAUAAUACAAAAGCUGAAAAUAUUUAUAUCUCGCCAACAAAGAAAUCUCCCAUGUCGAAAAAUAAGGAUUCGAAACUGACGAAAAGCGUUUCAAGCAAACAGUUAACUCAUUCCGCGAUAAGUCCAGACCCUUCAUCGAGGCAACAUUCGUAUUCAGGAAAGUCAAUAUCCAAGCAAAAUGCAAAUCAAAAAGUAACACCUGCUAUCGAAGAAAUAAAUUUCUUUGCUGACGAUGUUAAAGGCAAUACUAGAAACGAUACAGAGAAAAAAGUGAGCAUUUUUAGCAAUUUACAAAAUAAUUAUAAAAAGAUUAACCAUACGACUACCAACGUAGAAGUGUUAGAUAUUCGGAAUGAAGGAUUUAAUGCACAAGAAAUUUCGCAACCGUGGAAAAAUACUUAUAGAAAAGUCAAAGCACCGCAACAAGCAACGGAGUCUACAACAACAUCGGUUUAUUCCUCGCCAUUGUUAGAAUCUUCAGACGAUGAAUCCUACAAAGACGCAAGAACUAACUUAAAACAACUGAAAGAAAAAUUGGCAAAUAAAAGGCAACAUUUCUUCUACGGCAGCGAGUCGUCACAUGCAUCUUCAAAUAUAAGUCCGACCAGUAAAAUGCUCACUAAAAUAAAAAGCAAGGAUUACGAGCCACAUAAGCCAGCUAGCCACAAAACUAGCUUAGAACCAAAAUACAAUAAAUCUUCUAAUCAGUAUGAUCCGACUUACUUGAAGUCAACGUUUCAACAAUGUCGUAAGACUCCCUAUUUACAUACUCCUGAGGGCAUUAAGCAUGCAAUAAUACAACCACAAGUAUUGAAUUCCAACCAACAAACCUUCUUCGAAAAUAUUUUAUGGAAAAAGGAAAAGUCAAUUUGCACAUCUAAAAUGAGAAAAAUACAUACCGAUGAAUCUCCACGCUACCUUGCAGAACAGAUAGACGAUAGCGAUACUAUUUCCACUGAAGCUACGACUAAAAAUCAAACAGGAAAAUCAACAGAAUCGGUUUCUAUCAACAACGAUAUUACUUACGUCAUACAGAAAAACUCGGAAGAAACCAGUCUGGGAGGAUCUGACCAAGUAUACGAAAAUAUAAACAAUUCAACGUCGGCCACUAGUCUUCAGAGCGAAUCCUGGCGAAGUAUGGACCGAGCUACAAAUAUUGUGCGCUCCGUUAGUCCAAAUAGUGACGAUUCAUCUCUGUUUCCUACAUUUAAAUACUCUUAUCGGGACUUUGAAGCAACUUUGGGUGAUAAUCAAACGAAGAAGGAUAUUUUCGAAAAUCUGUACGAUUUACAAAAUAACAGAGGCGACGAGGAAAUUAGAGCUAUUGAACGGUCAACGACAAAAGACAAAUCAUUUCUCUUCGAUAAGUCUAAUGUAAAUAACCCGAUGAUUAGCAAUGAAACACAAAGCGAGUCUAGUAAUAAUAAUGGCAUUAGCCUUACCAAUAUUGAAAACUGCAGCCAUUCAUACGACGUAACGAAUAACAGAAAUUUUGUUUGCGACUCAAUUGCUGAAGUGUCAAAUGAAUUCAACGCUUCGUACAUUGAUACAAUAUUAGAAGAAAAAAAGGCUGAAUCUUUAGACAAUAAAGUAACUAGUAUUAAAGAAGACGCCAAAGCCUCCGAAACUACACAAAAGUCUGAAAUACCCGUUCAGGAAAGCGAUGUCGAAAUUAAAAUAGAAAUUAAGGAAAAUGAACAGAACUCUGUUAUGGCAAAUCUUGAUUUUACGUUUAUGAACGAUACUACGAAAUACAGAAACUGCAAAACAUGUCAUCACAGUAAUUUACCAAGGCGGCGUUCUUUACCAGCAACAUUGAGUCAAUUGAGAAUAGUUAACUCGACCUUAGGGAAAUUACCUAUACGCAGAAGGGAUAUUCCAGACAAUACCGUCGAAGAUUUAUAUAUAGACGACGAAUUUGGUGGUGAAUUAAACAUAAAUAUGAAGUUACAUGAUGAUUUACUUGACGAGGACUUCUUAUCCGAAAUAACGGAGCUAUAGAAUACUAUAAAAUAAUAAUUAUCAGUUACGUUAUUCUAGUACUGCUAAUAAUUUAUUAUACUUUACUUUUAAAAAAUAUAACCAAUAUUACAUAGUUAUGAAGUUCCAAUUCAGUUGGAAUACGCGGUAUCGACAAAUAAACAUCUACACUUACUUUAUAUUCGUUUUCAAAAAAUAUUCAUAUAUUUUGCAUUUUGACAUGUGUACGACGGUUAAAACGGAACUAUGUGUUUCUUCUUUGUGUAAAAUAUAUCAUUAAGUACUGUAAAGUACGAAUACAAACACAGUAA